GAUAUAACUUGGCAGGAUGAACACUCUGCCCCUUUCUCCUGGGAAACAAGGAGUCAGAUGGAUUUCAGCAUUGCCUCUUUGUCCAUCCAAGAGCCAAGUGGCACAACCCAGAAUGAACCGAGGCAACUGUCCAAAGUCCCUCAGGGUGCCCAGGCCACCAAAUCCUCUCAGGGAAACAAAACAUCAAGCAUGGAUGGCCUAGGGUCCAUCUGGAAGGAGGAGGAAUCCUCUUUCUGGAAGAUAAAUGCAGAGCGCUCCCGAGUGGAAGGACAAGAGUCGGAUUUCCGGUCGCUGACCCCUAGCCAGAUCAAGUCCAUGGAGAAAGGGGAAAAGGUCCCCCCAGGCCAUUACCGGCAAGAAUCAGUCCCAAAGGACAGAGAGGUGGCCAAAGGGGAAAGACCCAGUGGCCCUUGGCAAGAGAAAUUUACUUUCUCCACCCUGAGUGCUGAGAAGGAAAAGGCCCGCUCUGGCCAGUCUUCAGUCAGCUUGCUGGAUGAUGGCUUCCUCUCUGAGUCUGUGGUGAAGCUGUCCUCAUCGGGCACCAAAAUGGAGGAGACGGAAGAUGCUUUAAUCUCAGAGUCCAAGCCCACACAG